UCUCCUCUUAGCUAGCUUUCUCUCAUACAAGUAUAUACUGCCUACGUACGUGUAGUUUAAUUAAAUCUAGCUAAGCUUAUUAGCUAAUGGAGAUGGAGUCGUCGUCGUCGAAAAACGGGUUCCGAGGUAUCCCGAGGACAGUGAAGGAGAAGGUGAUGGGCAUAACUAAGAAUGUAACUAAGAUGGGAAAAGAUGAUCCCAGAAAAGUUAUGCAUUGUUUGAAGGUGGGAUUAGCCCUCACUCUCAACUCCAUGGUUUACUAUUACAAACCUCUUUAUGAUAGUUUCGGACAAUCUGGAAUUUGGGCGGUCUUGACCGUCGUUGUUGUCUUUGAAUUCACAGUUGGUGCAACAAUAUCCAAGAGCUUCAAUAGAGGUUCUGCAACGCUUUUAGCUGUUUGUUUGGGCACCGGAGUAGUUCACAUGGCUGAGCUUUUAAGUCGAGAGGGUCAGCCAUUCAUGCUUGGCGUAAUGGUUUUCAUUGUAGCUGCGGUAUCAACAUUCACAAGAUUCUACCCCCGAAUAAAAAGGAAGUAUGAUUAUGGAGUGGUGAUAUUUCUUCUCACAUUCAGUAUGAUAGUAGUGUCCGGUUACCGAGCGGAGGAAAUAAUAGAGAUGGCUUAUCAGCGGCUGUCAACGGUGGUCAUCGGCGGCUCCAUCUGCAUAAUCAUUUCCCUUGUCAUCUGCCCCGUCUGGGCUGGGGAAGACCUACAAAACAUAGUCGCCGCUAAUAUUGACAAGAUUGCAAACUCAUUGGAAGGAUUUGGAAAUGCAUAUUUUGGGUAUGAAGAAUGUAACGAUAAUGGAGUGGUGAUAGACAAAGGUAGCAGUCGUAAGGCGGGUUUUGAUGUAAACUUUUGUAAAAGUGUCCUUAGUUCUCAAGCUUCCGAAGAAUCUUUGGCAACAUUUGCGUGGUGGGAGAUGCGUCACGGUGGUGUGUUUAGAUCUAAUCACCUAUUGAAGCACUACUUAAAGGUGGGAGGUCUUGUGAGGCAAUGUGCUUGCCAUAUUCAAACCCUCUCUACCUACUUAACCUCUCAUGAUCGACCUCAGGCUGGAAUAGAAUUUGGGAGGACAAUUAAAGAACCAUGCACGCUAAUGUGUAUCGAGUCAAGAAAGGCCUUGAAAGAGCUAUCAUCGACCAUCAAAUCCAUGACACAGCCAUCCCCAGCCCUUCAAACGCAUCUGCAAAACACAAAAGCAGCCAUGGAUGACCUUCAAGCUGCAUUUCAAGCCGCUUCCACGGUCAACGCGAGAACGAACCUUCUUCAGAUCCUGACCACUCUAACUGUGGCAUCCAUACUCAGCGACCUCACCAAUUGCAUCCAUGACCUGGCGAGUUCUGUUCAGGAGCUCUCUGAGAAAGCACAUUUCAAGAAACAAUCGCUCAAUCGUGGAACCACCGCCGUGAACCCGGUGGAAGAAGAGGAAGACGGCACGGUGAUGGUUGCGGUGGUCAUCGUUGGUGCGUCUCAUCAAGACUCGCCUGAGAUUGAACGUUUGGACGUGCCCAAACGCUAAUUUAUUACUCCCUAAGAAAUAAUCUACGUAUGUACUACGUAUUAAUUAACACUUAAAACUAGGAAUUAUAUGGCCUGGCAUGUAUAUAUAUUUAAAACUUAUGACCGUACUUUCCCGCCAUUCUUUAAUUCUUGGUCAAUUAAAAAAUGGCUACAAUUUCAUUUUUAAGCACGUUUGGUUCC